AUGUUUUCCAUCCUGGGGAGAUGGGGCGCGAGCGGCUUCUACCAGCGGGUCACCGAGGCGCAGAGAUGCAGUCCAGAGAAAAGUGCUUCAUUCUUCAGUAAGAUGACCUAUUCCUGGUUUAGUAGAAUAAUUAUUUUAGGCUAUAAGAAACCUUUGGAAAGAGAGGAUCUUUUAGAUCUUAAUGAAAGCGAUUCCUCCUAUAUUGUGUGUCCCAUCUUUGAGAAACAGUGGAGGAAGGAAGUUUUAAGGACUCAAGAGAGGCAAAAAGUAAAGUCAUCUUUUCAUAAAGAGGCACACACCAGGAAGCCAUCUCUACUCCGGGCAUUGUGGAACACUUUUAAGUUUGUCCUGAUUAAGGUUGCUUUAUUCAAGGUAUUGGCUGAUGUUUUGUCCUUCACUAGCCCACUCAUAAUGAAGCAAAUGAUCCUUUUCUGUGAACAACGCCCAGAUUUUGGCUGGAGUGGUUAUGGCUAUGCUUUGGCGCUUUUUGUUAUAGUCUUUUUGCAAACCCUGAUCCUUCAGCAAUACCAGUGUUUUAAAAUGCUCACUUCAGCAAAAAUUAAGACAGCUGUAAUUGGACUGAUCUACAAAAAGGCCCUGCUUCUAUCUAAUGUUUCUAGAAAACAGUUUUCUACUGGGGAAAUUAUUAACCUGAUGGUAACAGAUGCCCAGCAGCUCAUGGACUUGAUGACAAACAUCAAUCUUCUUUGGUCGGCUCCUUUUCAAAUCCUGAUGGCCGUAUCACUCCUUUGGCAAGAGCUGGGUCCAGCAGUGUUAGCAGGGGUGGCGGUCCUUGUGUUUGUUAUACCAAUGAAUGCUUUAGUUGCAAAUAGAAUGAAAACGCUGAAGAAAAAUCAAAGGAAGAACAAGGACAAACAGAUAAAACUGCUCAAUGAAAUCUUACAUGGAAUUAAGAUUCUCAAACUUUAUGCAUGGGAACCCUCCUAUAAAAAGAAGAUUAUUGAAAUUCGAGAACAGGAAUUGGAAGUUCAAAAAUCAGCUGGGUAUCUUACUGUAUUUUCCAUGCUAACUUUAACUUGCAUUCCAUUCUUGGUGUCCCUGGCAACAUUUGGUGUCUAUUUCUUACUGGAUGAAGGAAACAUUUUAACAGCCACUAAAGUGUUCACAUCUAUGUCUUUGUUUAAUAUCUUGAGGCUUCCUCUGUUUGAUUUACCGAUGGUGAUCUCAGCUGUGGUCCAGACAAGAAUAUCACUGGUUCAUUUGGAAGACUUUCUGAACACUGAGGAACUUCUUCCACAUAGUAUUGAAGCAAACUACAUAGGAGAUCAUGCCAUUGGUUUUAUAAACGCUUCCUUUUCCUGGGAUAAAACAGGGACUCCAGUAUUAAAAGACUUGAACAUAAAGAUUCCAGAAGGAGCCUUAGUGGCUGUUGUAGGGCAAGUUGGGUCUGGAAAAUCAUCUGUGCUUUCUGCAAUUCUUGGGGAAAUGGAGAAACUAAAAGGAGUAGUCCAAAGAAAGGGCUCCGUGGCUUAUGUUUCCCAGCAGGCCUGGAUUCAGAAUUGCAUUUUGCAAGAAAACAUUCUCUUCGGCUCUGUCAUGCAGAAGCAGCUUUAUGAGAGAGUUUUGGAAGCCUGUGUUCUCCUUCCUGAUUUGGAGCAGUUACCAAAUGGAGAUCAAACUGAGAUUGGAGAAAAAGGUGUGAAUAUAAGUGGUGGACAGAAGCAUCGAGUGUGUCUGGCCAGAGCUGUCUACAGUGGGGCUGACAUCUACCUCCUGGAUGAUCCCUUGUCUGCAGUUGAUGUUCGUGUUGCAAAGCAGCUUUUUGAAAAUGUGAUUGGGUCCUCUGGCAUGUUAAGGAACAAGACUCGAAUUUUAGUGACACACAACCUCACACUUCUACCACAGAUGGAUCUCAUUGUUGUGAUGGAAAGUGGCAGAGUAGCACAGAUGGGAACAUACCAGGAAAUUCUGUCUAAAACCAAAAAUCUCACGAGUUUGCUUCAGGCCUUCAAUGAACAAGAAAAAGCUCAUGCUUUAAAGCAAGUCAGUGGAAUCAACUCCAGAACUGUACUGAAAGACCAAAUCCUGGUGCAAAAUGACAGGCCCUUAUUGGAUCAAAGGAAACAGUUCUCAGUGAGAAAAGAAAAGAUUCCUGUUGGUGGGGUGAAGUUUUCAGUCAUUCUGAAGUAUCUUCAAGCCUUCGGCUGGCUCUGGGUGUGGCUGAAUGUGGUCACUUGCCUGGGGCAGAAUUUGGUGGGAACUGGACAGAAUCUCUGGCUUAGUACCUGGGCAAAAGAAGCAAAGCACAUGAAUGAUUUCACACAAUGGAAGCAAAUAAGAAGCAAUAAAUUAAGCAUCUAUGGAUUACUGGGAUUAAUGCAAGGUCUCUUUGUGUGCUCUGGAGCUUACGUAGUCACCAGGGGAUCCUUGGCUGCCUCUCGAGUUCUGCAUGCUCAGCUUUUGGACAAUGUGCUGCAUCUCCCACUCCAGUUUUUUGAAACCAAUCCCAUAGGCCAGGUCAUCAAUAGGUUCACCAAGGACAUGUUUAUAAUUGAUAUGCGUUUCCAUUACUAUCUACGGACCUGGGUGAAUUGUACACUGGAUGUUAUUGGAACAGUUUUGGUCAUUGUGGGAGCUUUACCACUCUUCAUUCUGGGGGUUAUUCCCUUAGUUUUCCUCUAUUUCACUAUACAGAGAUACUACAUGGCGAGUUCUCGGCAGAUUCGACGCCUGGCAGGAGCAUCUCACUCUCCAGUCAUUUCCCAUUUCUGUGAGACUCUGCUGGGGGUGUCCACUAUCAGGGCGUUUGGACAUGAACAGAGGUUCAUCCAGCAAAACAAAGAGGUGGUGAAUGAGAACUUGGUCUGUUUCUACAACAAUGUGAUUUCAAACAGGUGGCUGUCUGUUAGACUUGAAUUUCUUGGCAGCUUAAUGGUGUUCUUCACUGCAGUGCUUACUGUGCUGGCUGGCAAUUCUAUAGAUUCAGCAAUAGUUGGUUUGUCUAUAUCCUAUGCCCUAAAUAUUACUCGAACCCUGAAUUUUUGGGUAAGAAAAGCAUGUGAAAUUGAAGCCAAUGCAGUUUCCAUUGAAAGAGUUUGUGAAUAUGAAGAUAUGGAUAAAGAGGCACCCUGGAUAACGUCUAAGAGGCCUCCAUCACAAUGGCCCAAUAAAGGGGUAGUGGAGUUUGUUGAUUAUCGAGCUCGAUACCGAGAUGAUCUUGGUUUAGCAUUACAAGAUAUCACUUUCCAGACUCAUGGAGAAGAGAAGGUUGGAAUUGUAGGACGAACUGGAGCAGGCAAAUCAACACUAUCAAACUGCCUAUUUCGAAUUGUAGAAAGAUCGGGAGGCAAAAUUAUAAUUGAUGGAAUUGACAUAUCUACUAUUGGGCUUCAUGACCUUCGUGGCAAACUUAAUAUUAUUCCACAGGAUCCUGUUUUAUUUUCGGGAACCCUUCGAAUGAACCUGGAUCCCCUAGACAAGUAUCCUGAUCAUGAGCUAUGGGAGGUGCUGGAACUAUGUCACUUAAAAGAGUUUGUGCAGUCCCUUCCCAAGAAGCUGCUGCAUGAGAUUUCAGAGGGUGGUGAAAACCUCAGUGUUGGACAACGACAGCUAGUCUGUCUUGCUCGUGCUUUGCUGAGAAAAACAAAAAUUCUCAUCUUGGAUGAGGCAACAGCCUCCAUCGAUUUUGAGACUGAUAACUUGGUGCAGACCACAAUCAGGAAGGAGUUUUCUGAUUGCACCAUCCUGACGAUUGCUCACAGACUGCAUUCUAUCAUUGAUUCAGACAGGGUACUUGUUCUAGACUCUGGAAGAAUUAUAGAAUUUGAAACACCACAGAAUUUGAUACACAAGAGAGGACUUUUCUUUGACAUGCUAACAGAAGCCGGAAUAACGGGAGACUCAGGGGCGAAAAAUAAACAGUUAUUUAUGGAUUAUACCAAAUAA